AUGGCAGAUAGCACUGUUGGCAGUCUGCUUGACAAGCUGCUUGCUCGCUUUGUUGAAAAUGAGGUGCAACUCUUGAGAGGGGAUCCGGAAGACGUUCUGAAUCUGAGAGGAGAACUAGAGCGUAUGAGAGCUUUCCUGAAGGUUGCAGAUGCGUUGGAAGAAAGUGACUUAGAAUUCAAAGUGCGGGUUAAGCAAAUAAGAGAGAUCGCUCAUGAAACUGAAGAUGCUCUCGAUGAAUUCAUGCUAGUUCUUCAAGCACAUGAUCAUGCAGAUGGAUUCUAUGGGGCUUUCCACAAAUUAUCUUGUUGUAUCAAGAACAUUAAAGCUCGUUAUCGUAUUAUUUCUGAAGUACAAGCCAUCGGAUCCAGAAUAAAAAAUCUUUGCCAAGUUCACGGGAGUCUGCUUCCCAGAUUCACAAGAAUCAAACAAGGUUCGGGCUCCACGAGUGCAGAAAAUACAUGGCAAGACCGUCGAGGCGAUGCUCUUCUUCUAGACAAGACUGAUUUGGUGGGGAUCGAUGAACCUAAGCAGCAGCUAGUGGAGUGGCUGGUGAAGGGUGGCAAUAGACGUGAAGUGGUUUCUUUGGCAGCAAUGGGAGGAAUGGGCAAAACUACGUUGGCAAAGCAAGUCUAUGAUGAUGAAGAAGUGAAGAAACAUUUCAAAAGGCGCGCUUGGGUCACUGUUUCUCAAUCUUUCAAGAUAGAAGAACUCCUCAAAAACAUGAUUCGACACUUCUUCAGUGUAGUCAGCAAACCAGUUCCAGAAGGAUUGGACGACAUGAACAACGACCGGCUGAGGAGAAUAAUCAAGGACUUGCUCAUGAAAAGCAGGUACUUGGUGGUUCUAGAUGAUGUGUGGCACUUGAAUGAAUGGGAUGUUCUCAAAUAUGCCUUGCCUAACAACAACUGUGGCAGCCGAGUAAUGCUCACUACACGUAAUGCUGGUGUGGCCUCCAGUUCCUCUUCCGGUGUGGAAUCUGUAGGUAAAGUUUACAACUUGAAGCCUUUGUCCCCAAUGGAAUCUUGGGAUCUUUUCUGUAAGAAAACCUUUCAAGGGAAUGCAUGCCCUACUUAUUUGAAGGUUAUCUGUCAAGAUACUUUAAGAAAGUGUGAGGGACUACCCCUUGCAAUUGUAGCAAUCAGUGGCGUUUUGGCAUCAAAAGACACCCGUAGGAUUGACGAGUGGGAUGUCGUUGGCCGUAGUCUUGGGGCUGAAAUUGAUGGCAAUGACAAACUGCAGGAUCUGAAGAAAGUACUUUCGCUGAGUUUCAACGACUUGCCUUACUACCUAAAAGAUUGUUUCUUGUACUUGAGCAUCUUCCCAGCUGAGGACUAUCGGAUCGAGCAAAUGAGGCUGAUUCGGUUAUGGAUAGCGGAGGGAUUAAUCGAAGCCAAAGAAGGGAAAACACUGGAAGAAGUUGCAGAGGACUACCUCAACGAACUCUUGAAUAGAGGUCUUUUGCAAGUGGCAUCCGUAACCAGUGAUGGAAGGGUCAAAACGUAUCGCGUCCAUGACGUGCUGCGGGAGAUAAUUGUGUCAAAGUCUAGAGAUCAGAACUUCACCUCCAUUGCUAAAGAUCAGAACGUGAUGUGGCCGGAUAAGGUUCGACGCCUAUCUAUACAUAACACACUGCAAAACGUACAAGAAAACAGGUCUGUUUCUCGACUCCGUUCUUUGUUCAUGUUUCGGGUGGUAGAAAAACUGAACAUACAAAGCUUGUUUCCUGGUGGUUUUAAGCUGCUAAAUGUUUUAGAUCUGCAAGAAUCACGUCUAAAAAAGUUUCCAAUUGAUGUUCAAAACCUGGUUUAUUUGAAAUAUCUAAGCUUGAAGGGCACCAAGGUUAAAACCAUUCCAGGAACUAUAGGGAAGCUUCAGUACCUAGAGACUUUGGAUCUUAAGCAUUCCCGCGUCACUGAACUGCCUGUUGAGAUCUUGAAGCUCCAUCGACUUCGACAUCUCCUUGUAUAUCAUUUCAAACUUGAGUCUUACGAAUAUUUUCACUCUCGAUAUGGUUUUAAGGUCCAAGGCAAUAUAGGAGCUCUACGAUCCCUACAGAAGCUCUGUUUCAUAGAAGCAAAUGGCGCUAUAAUGAUGGAGCUAGGGAAACUGUACCAACUAAGGAGGUUAGGCAUUGUAAAGCUGAGAAAAGAAGAUGGGAAAUCUCUAUGUUCAUCUCUAAAAAAACUGACCAACCUUCGUGCGCUGUCUCUAACUUCAAUAGAGGAGGAAGAGAUUAUUGAUUUGCAGCACCUUUCUUCUCCGCCUCCAUUGAUCCAGCGGGUGUAUUUGAGAGGACGUUUGGAGACAUUACCUCCAUGGAUACCAUCACUGCAUGGACUGGUCAGAUUGUAUCUGAAAUGGAGUAGACUGAAGGAAGAUCCACUUGUGCACCUUCAAAAACUGCCCAAUCUUGUACACCUGGAAUUACUUCAGGUUUAUGAGGGAGACACGUUGUAUUUCAGGAAGGGUGGGUUCAACAAGCUUAAGGUUUUAGGCCUUGACCAAUUCAAUGAACUUAGAUGCGUGCAAGUGGAGGUGGGAGCAAUGCCUUGUGUUGAAAAGCUAAUUAUCCAGCGGUGUGAAUUGCUGAAGAUGGUGCCGUUAGGCAUUGAAUAUCUGACCAAGUUGAAAGUUCUUGAAUUUUUUGACAUGCCCGAAGAGUUUAUCAAGACUCUUAGUCCAGAUGUAAAGGAUAGUGAUUAUUGGAAGGUAGCUCACAUCCCAGAAGUCUAUUCUACUUACUGGAGAGAAGGUGGAUGGGAGGUCAAUACUUUGGAUCUUUGUGAUGGAGAGAAUUCUCCUAGGCCCAGUGCUAUCACCACAACAAGCCAUGACCUUGAAUCACGUUGGAAGUGA